CUACUCGCAAGCGCACUUUGUUUGCGAUUCUAUUCAUUCGAUCCCAUCACUGCUACACAUACCACGUGCUCACCCAGGGCUCAACUUGACCCAUCCGUCACACUGUCGCCUUUCAAGUCUACUCGGUUCCUCUGGCCCCCUAUCUACACCUCCAUAAGGGAGUCUGUUCCCCUGCGAUCAAAGCCUCGUCUCCGUCGAACUGCAAGCAUGCCUCACCAGGUCGAGCAAGCCGCCGAGCCCGUCGUGCUCGUGCGGGAGCUGGAGGACGACGAGACAUAUGUCCUCAACAGCUUUGAGAGCCACGCCGGUCACUGCUCCCGUUGUGCCAACCCCCUUCAGACUCGUGAGGAGGACCGGUCCCUUUGCAAGCGCGGCCACCAGUACGCCCGCGACGUGGCUGAAUACCUGCGCAGCAAGAACGGCAAGAUCUACUCGGUCGUCGACCAAGAGCGCAGCCGAUCCACACUGGUCAAGGUGCCUCUCAAGUACGCUGCCGCCCGUCAGCUACUGCUGGCCAUCGAGGACGGCCUGCGCGUGGAGAAGAAGUCAGCCGCCGGCGUUCGCGCCUCUGCACCCCCAGUCAUCAGCUACGACGCCACUUAUCCCGUGCCCCCUCGACGCACCACCACCCAGGAAUACCUUCACCCUUCGCAGGCCAUCAUCGAGCGUGAGCCACGAACCAUGAAGCGUCACCGGACCAUCAUCUACACAUCCCCUCGCAGCUCGCCCAGCCGAGGGUCGCUGUACGAGGCUGAUGCGGCCGAGCGGUAUGAGCGCGUUAAGGAAUCGUCCCGCAUCUACCGGCCGACCGACUACCACCGUUGAAUGAGCGCAACGCACUGGUUUGGAACUAGUCAUUACGGUCUUCUCUCACGCACGACACUGGAUACCUGGCUGGUGGCUUUGAUGCAGCCAAGAUGCUGUUACCACGCUGUCCCCCCAUAUGAACCUUGUCCGCUGGCAAAGGGCUUUUCAUCAGGCCCGCCGCGGC